UGGUGGUGAAAUGGCGAACAAGAAUUGAUUUACACGAGUCUGCUCGCUGUAAAAUUCACAUAUUAAUCAGCUUUUAUAGAACAUACUGUGGUUGCAGACCUGUUAGGUUACAGCUUUUCACUGAAUUUCAACAGGUAAAGUGACUAGUAUAAUCAAGUAAGAUGAGCAAAGAAACUGACACGAAGGUAGUGAAUAACAGCACAUCGGAUGGGAGCAAUGUGCAAUAUUACACGCGACAAGAGAUUCAAGCCCAUAAUAUGAGCGGAGACGCAUGGCUCAUUAUCCACGAAAAAGUUUACGAUAUCACAACUUUCAUGGAGGAGCAUCCCGGAGGUGAAGAAGUUUUGCUGGAGCAAGCAGGUGCAGAUGCAACUGAAAGCUUUGAGGAUGUGGGCCAUUCCACAGAUGCCAGAGAGAUGCUCCAGCAAUAUUACAUUGGGGAGCUCCAUAUGGAUGAUCGAGAGAAAGAAUCAAAAAAGGAAGUUUACGUUACAACGUCAGAAGAGUCCAGGUCGUGGACCACCUUGUUCAUUCCUGCCAUAGCUGUUGUACUUGUGGGUAUCAUGUAUCGAUACUACAUGAUGGAGAGCAAAUCAUCCUGAAGUCUUGCAUCACUUCACCACAUUUUAUUUCCGUUGUCUGGAUGCCUUGACUUGUUGCACUCAGUGAGCCUAUGAACUCACUCCUCUGUAAACACCUGACCUUCCUUUCUUUAGCUUCUACCCAAGUGAGGGUUUGGACAUGAUUAAUAGCCCAUUAUUAGCUCAUUUCACCUUUUCUACGUGUUUUUAUUAUGUGUAGUAGUUCCGUUUUACCAGCAGGACUAAACUUAAUCAUUAUGGUUUAUGAUAGUCAUGCCAUCUCUGAUAUUAGUCCCUUUUUAAUGUCAGAUUCUGUCAUAGUGUCUUUAUAUUUUGAGAAUCAUUCCAAAUAAAACUCCUUUUAUUUGGAAUUUCGGGUGCACCAGCUCUUGCUGAUCUUAUUUAGCUGAUAUUUUGACAAAUCAUGAGUUCACAGUGUCUACUUGGCUGCUAAUUGAUGUUUGACAGUGAAAUGCCUUUGGUUUAUAACCCAAGGACUUUUACCAAAUUGUUCAUCCAAAUUGUAUCCUGUUUCCUUCGUGGGGUGAACACCCGUAUCUUAAGACCACGAGGUGUGUUUAAGUAGAGUUAGGGGUAAACUUUGCUGGAAGGUACAUAUCCAAGCUCUGUUUUAGAGCAUGGUAUCAUGCUUUAAAAAAAAGUUUUUAAUACAGGUAUGUGCUCAAAGCAUGAAAAUAUUGUCAUAUUACUUUUAGAUGAAUGCAGUGUCAUUCAACGUCAGACAACAUUCAGUUGCUGAAAUGGUAGAAUUGUAGCAAAGAGUUAAAGAAAUGUACGCUUUUCCUAUAUUGAAAAUUUGUAUAGCGUGGUACCUAUAUCUGCAGACUUGAAAUUAACUCUUAUACUUAAACUUUUUUUGGAAUUAUACAUUUAUUGAGAUAUUUGAGUGUUUGUCGAACAUAGUUUUUGGUGAGAACAGUUUUAGGGAAGUCUUGGAUACAUUGAACUGCUGUACAGUGUGUAAAGCACCUGUUCAUGUAAUCACUGCACUUGUGUAUGCUUCUCUAAUUAAUAGUUUUUAGCAUUGCAGAUACUGGCAUUACUUUCUAGCUUUACCAGCUUUAGCUUAAAGGGCAGUUCAUCAAGAACUAUUAUAUGCAAGUGCUGCCUUUCACAUUCAACUUAAGUGUAGGUAAAAUCAACAUGUUGUUGCAUGUUCAUUUAUGUUACUGUACAGCUUACAUUCUGGCCCUCUGUUAUUCAGUAUCCUAUUCUUUGUGACAGAAAUGCAAUGUUGCAUUAUAUCGGGUGGUUUAAUAGUUUGCAUUAAGUAAAUCAUUCUUAUACAUGCUAUAUUUGUAGACAUUUCAGAUACUCUUAAAUAAUUUGUCUACAAUUUUACAGUCCAAAUUUUCUCAGUGUAUCCAUCUAAACGUAUAUUUUUGAAUUCACCCUCCACAAAUCGUCAUGUCUUGUUAAGAAUUCUUAUCCUUAUUGUCCUGUUUUGUUGAGAAUUAUUUUUCAUAGAAAUCAUGUAGAUUGAUACUUUUUCUGAAUUCAUGUUUAUUUUUGUCUAACUACUGAUGUUCAGACUUUCAUGUUUGUGUGAAUAUUUAGGAUGGUAAGAUAAAAUUGGACCAUGUUUCAGUGUCAUUAUAGUUGAAUGGAGAAAGGAAACAUGCGUCCUUCAUAAAACAUGAGUGUUUGUCUCUGUCGUUAACUGUUCCUAUAGUUCAACAGCAGUAAGUUCAAGGCCUUAAUUAUGGUUUAAAUCAAUGUUAUAUAUUUAAAAUAAAAAACUCUUUCUGCUUAGAAA